UUCUUCUUUUUCUUUUUUCUUUUAUUUGACAAAUCAUAAAAACUUACUGCAAAUACUCAUUCAAAGUUUGAAUAUGCGUUUCGUCCGAGGAAAGGCUCGCGUUUACGACGCCGCCGGGCGAAGAGCGGCGGAGAAACAAAGCUGGAUAACUCGACAGCGACAGUGCUUCUACGCCAUUGCUGGGAAACGGCGUAUUGGACUAGAGGUGGUGGCCAGCGACAAUGCCCCUGCGCUAUCGCAGAUCGCCCGCCUAAUGGGGAGAGCGGGGAGGGGGGAACAAAAAGGAAUGAUGUGAGGUGACUUGGAAACAAGCAGAGAGGUUGGCGGCGGAGGAGUUUUACGUUUCUGUUUUGCCUUUUGAUGAUACCCGUACGUGUUUGGAUACGCUGUUGUUCGAGAUAUUUGCCACUCGACCGCGAAAGUGCUGCUACGCCAUCGCUGGAACUGCGUGUUGAACCGAGGCAACGACGGCGACAAUGCUACUACGCUAUCGUUAGUCCUGCCUCGUGGGCGCGCCUUGCGAAUUCGACUUCUAUAUACGAUGUUACUUUACGGCUCACCGGCUUUCUCGCCUGGUGGCUGAAUCCAGUGGGAGGGACAACUGGCUGGCCGGUCUUUCAUAGUAAAAAAUUGAGCCCUGUUUCCCCUCA